AUGGAAAAGGCUUCCGAAAGCGAAACAGGUGGAGAAGCUGUAGAAAAUUAUUCCGCUCGGCCGUACCAAGUGGAGCUUCUAGAGCGGGCGAAGGAAAGGAACACCAUCGUAUGUCUGGGCACAGGAACUGGUAAAACGUUUAUAAGUGUCAUGCUCAUAAAAGAACUUGCUCAUGAAGUAAGAGGAAGCUAUGAAGACGGCGGGCGAAGAACUUUCUUCCUUGUAAAUACAGGUAUCUAUGUAUGUUUUGUCUUUUUGAGAUCGGCUUUACCUUAGGGGAGUGGGUACGAUAUCUCAGCGCGGGAUCGAGCUGGGGUUGUGAAGAUGGGUUGUGGCGGCCGGGUCCUCGCAUACGGUUUAAAUAUAAUUCAGUGGAAACAGAGGAAUGACCAUAGAUCUUUCCUUGUUUUGGCCUGAUUAUGACAUAAUCAAGAGUGUGGUUUACAUUCCAGUAAAAUCUUUAUUUAUUUAAUGAGGGUAGCACUUAAUAGCCAAAAGGCUAAUAAACUUGGGGCCCUUAUAGAAUACAUAUGAUAAUACUCAUAAAAAUUUAGAUAUCAAUAAGUAAAAAUAAAUACAUUAUUACAGAAAUAAAAGAACCGUUAAAAAAUUAAAAGUCCUAUGAUAAAAUCUAACAUAAAGUUAGGGAUUAAAUGACAAAGUCAUGAAACUUUAAAAAGGAACCUAUUAAACUAUAAAAUGAUUCAAGUUCUGUUGGCUUCUGAGAAAAAAUUGCCUUAAGGAAUUUUUAAAACUUUGUACAGAUGUCUUCUGUCAUAAUGUUCCAUACUUGACAUAUGGUAACAUUAAAAGUUUUGCCGCCAACUAAUUUAUGUUUUAACUUUGGGCAUACUAAGUUGUAGUUUGCAUUCCCAGUGUUACAAGAGUGAAGAACACUAUUAUAUGUUAAAAGGCAAGUGGAUAUAACAUUCAACCACUUUUGAAAGCACUAGGAGGACUGAUUGUGGGAGGAAAUUAGAAUGAUCAUCUGUUUUGCCACCUUUAAACAAAGGAGUGACUUAUGCUUUCUUCCAUCACUUAAGGAACACUCCAUUCUUAAUGAAAAAAUUUAUAAGCCGGGCAACAGAAGGCACUAUUUCAGGAGCUGCUAUCCUCAAUAAUUGUAAUCUGAUACAAUGAAUACCAACAGCUUGAUCAGGACUGAUUCUCAAAAAAAUUGUUUUGACAAUGGAUGGUGUUACUGUAGGAACAGGAAGUAGCACAUCAGGGUGUUUUCUUGAAUUGACAAAGUUGUGUAGGUUGUCAAAAUUCCAGUUGACACUUGGCAAAGUAGAUCUUAAACUUCCACUCAUGAAUGCAAAAUGUCUGUUAAAUAGAUCAGACAUGCCUUUUUUGUCAUCAGUAAUGCAGUCACCAUCUUUGAAGCAACUAAAAGAUUUUGCAUUCUUUUUGCCACCUGUUAAAGAUUUAAUUGUCUUCCACAUUGACUUGGAAUUGUUCUUGUUGGCAUCAAAAGUAUCAUUAAAAUAUUCACAUUUAGCAUUACAAAUGACUCUGACAGCUUUGUUUCUCUCGACUUUAUACUUUCUUCAGUCAUCAGAAGAACAUAAAAUCCUUGCAGCUUUGAGAUAGGUAUCUCUGAGAUGCAGUUGAUCUAAAGUGGGUUUGGACAUUCAAGGAACUUCUUGAAGCUGUUUCACACAUUUCUCACACCAAGGACAAUGCUAUUCAAGCACUGAGUUAAAUAAGGAUUCCCAGGAUUCGAGCAUAUAGUCUAUAUCAUCAAACAUAAACACUGUAUCCUAAGGGGCCUGCCGGAGAUCUUAUUUAAAUUCAUCUUUUUCAGAGUCUUUCGUGUCCUUUUGGGUGGAGCUUGAGGAUUCUAGAGGAAAUCUACUCCCCUUGUAACUAACUUGUUCUUCCUUUUUUUCCAGUUCCACUAGCCAGCCAACAGGCAAAAGCAAUUACAAAACAUACUGACUUGAAAGUCAGGCAUUAUGUUGGAGAGAUGGGAGUCGAUUUCUGGGACAAGCCCACUUGGGAAAAUGAGUUCAAUACAUUCAACGUUCUGGUCAUGACAGCUCAAAUAUUCCUCAACCUGCUGUUACAUAGCUACAUACUUCUUUCACAAGUGAAUCUCUUGAUCUUUGAUGAAUGCCACCAUGCUAAGAAGAAUCAUCCUUACAGACAGAUAAUGCAGUGCUUCAGCAAUUGCCCACAGCGCCCAUUACCCAAAGUUAUGGGUUUAACUGCCUCGAUAGUAAAUGGAAAAGUAAAACCUUAUAAAAUUGAAUCAGAGAUCCAAGCACUGGAAUGCACAUUAAGAUCUACAUGCGAAACAAGUCAACAUGAUGAUGUUGAAAAAUAUGCUGCUAAACCCAAAGAACUGGUCCUUGUUUACCCAAGCCAGAGCACUGAUGAAAAUGUGAACAUUUUGAUCAAGAAACUGUCAGAUGUCUUAACACAAGGAAUUGAUCUUCUUUGCAACCCUCAGGUGUCCAGCUGUGAUGAACAUGCGCACCGGAAUGCUAAGUUGGCCUUGAUGGAAUGUAAGGAGACAUUGGAUGAAUUGGGCCCUUGGGCUGCUUUUAAAUUGGCAAAAUACUUAAUCGAGGAUCUAGGUAUGGUACAGUUUCAGUUUUAGAGAUAAAUGUCACUGUGCCCCAAGUUCAAGUCAAGUUUUUAAAAUCAUAGUACAGUCAACAUGAACCAAAUAUUAGUUUCCAAAAAGAAGGGAAAAAAUCUCAUGCCUCCAUUUCCAAACAUUUUGGCCAUGUAGGAUUGUUUUUAAAUUUUGCUUUAAAUCAUUACACCCUAACAUCAGUAUACAUGUUCUCCAAACUGUUCUCUAUAUAUUUCCUAAGAUGCUGACAAGGAGAACCUGUUUAACAAUCAAGAGCUUCUUUAGUUGGUGAUCAUUUCCUUUAUUCUUGUUACCUUAAUGGUUGAUUCAGGCUGGCGUUAUAUUGUAAGAACAAAUUGGAUGCUAGUCACUCUGAGGGUCAGAGUUUAGCCUACAAACCAGAGAUUGAUGUAAUAUUUAUUGGAAAAGAAUCAGAGUGUGCCAAACUCUCUGCUCAUAAGACUGAAUUAUUCCAAUUCAAGCAAAAUUAAUCUGAGAUGGAUAAAAAUGCCUUUGUUGGCAUCUUUUGAUCAACUGGAAUGGAAUGCACUUAUAAACCUUGAUCUUUUCUUGUAGACAGAGCAUGCAAGGUUCAAAGCAGCAGAGAAGGAAAAAUAUUUUACGAGUACAGUGCCAAAAGGCUGCGUCGACUGCAAGGCACUUAUUGUAAUUUUACUGAAAGUGAUGGGUCUGAGGAAAGUGGACAUUGUUACUUCAUGCCUAAACUUCAAAAACUUCUGAGUGUUUUCAGGGAGUUUGCUAACUCACAGCAUGAAGGUAAGGAAUAGUCUGCUGACUGCUUUAUUCAUGAAACUUAUUUUUUUAUAUCCUUUGUAGAAACCAAAACAGAAGAUUAGCAAAGUGGAUAUUUUUGCAUUUCUUAUAACAAGUUGACCCUUUCACGCCUAAGAUCUCUCCAAACCUUCCUAAAAUCUCAACCCUGAGACUCUGUGUUAAAUUUCAAGACAUCCACUGCCCAUUAUUUCUCUCUCCUCAGCUCCUUCAUAUUAGAAUUGUAAUGUUAUUGUGAGGAGAAAUUUGUUUUGGUUCGCUCUUAGCAGGAAGAGGUGAAACAGAAUCCUCUAUCAUAGUAACAGUAAUAACAUCAAUAAUAUCUGAUGGCACUAAUAUUAAUAGUAGUAGUGCUAAUAAAAAAAAGUAUUGAUGAUAAUAAUAGCACCAUAAUUAUUACAAUUUUUAUAGUAGGAAAUUUAAGAAAAAAAAUUAUGAUAAUAGCAACCAUAAUAAUCUCUCAAGGGAGAUCAAUAUUUAGAGGACAUUUUGAACUUCUGUAACCAUCUCCUCAUUCAAUCAAGAAAAGGCUUUCAGUUGAAAAACAAUCACUAGGGUAAAAGGAUCAAAAUAUGGCAACAUUUUCUACCCAGCCUCACCUAGAGGAAGAUUUAGCUGAUUGUUAAAAAUAAUAUGAAUAACAAUGAUCAUGUAGGUUUAUCUUUGUUUUUCUGUUAAUCCCUACACACUCAAAAGCCAGCUUUUAGAUUGGAGCUUCCUUGAAAUCUGUUUUCUGAAUUCUAUGUGCAAGAGUGGUUUUUGAAUGCCACUCUGUAAAACAGCUUGGUGAUCCUCAGUUUGGUUAUUUUGCAGCGUCUGAAGAGGAGAAGGCCCUCUGUGCCAUUGUGUUUGUUGAAAGACGAUACACAGCACUGAUCCUCAGCAAACAGCUUAACAUGGCGGCUAAACUAGAUCAGGAGCUCUCAUUCAUCAAAAGUGACUUUGUGAUUGGUCACGGCACAGGUGCAAUGGUUAACUACUCCGGUAACGCAGAGAUGAAUUUUAAGAAACAGGAGGAAGUGCUGCGCAAGUUCAGAAAUGACAAGAAAAGACAUGAAUUCAAUGUGCUGAUAGCCACCUCUGUUGUUGAGGAGGGAUUAGAUAUUCCCAGGUGCAAUGUUGUCUGCAGGUUUGAUUUCCCACAGAAUUAUCGUUCCUAUGUACAGUCAAAGGGCAGAGCUCGUGCCAAAGGUUCCAAGUACUACAUGCUGGUGGAUGAAAAAGAGCAAGUGGAAAAAGAGAAUGAAUUGGAGGUACAUUUUUUAAAGUAAUAAAGUCAGUAAAAAUCCAUACCUAUCCUGUAUUCUGGUGAUUGUCAUUGAUCAUGUUUAGGUGAGGUUGUAGAGCACCAGACAAUGGUGUGGGAGGUUGAGGGUUCAAGCCCCAGACUGCCGACCAACACUCAAGGUCUUUGAAUAACUGAGAAGUGUGCUGCCUUUGCUAAGACAUCUGCAAAUAGUUAGACAUUCUAAUCAACUCAGGAAAGGAUAACAAGCCAUAAGCCUCAUCUCCUCUGUGAUGAUUGGCAGGGGACAUUAAGGAACCCAUGCAUUUCUCGCAAAGAAUAGGGAAUGUAGAUAUCAGUGUCAUAGUCUGGCCUUUUAGAUUGUUUAUACAGGCUGCCAUUAAAACCAGCUUUAAGCUGAGCUGGGAAAGUUGGUUUAAAUAUUGGAGAAAAACACAUAACCUGAGUGAAUGACAGUAACAAAUAUAUACUCUUAGGAAGCUAUUUAAAAAUGAAUUCUACCCUAGAUGUUGCGUGCAAUUGAGAAAACCUUGUUGGAAAGAUGCCAUGAUCGGUUGGAGCCAUCAGUGGAGGAGUGUAAUGAAUCAGUAGACACAGAUUUCUUGCCGCCCUACAUACCGGUAAAUGGCAAGGGAGCUAGAGUAACUAUGAGCAGUAGUGUUUCUCUACUUUCAAAGUAAGUGCAAGGAAUUCAUUAACUUCCAAUUUUGAGGUAGUUUUAAAUUUAAGAUUAUGGGUUGAGUUGUUUAUUGUUGAGUAAUGUAAGUGUAAAAAAGGAAGAUGUGCCAUUUAUGGGUAACAAACUUGGGCUCCUAUUGUGAAAAGGGUGAUUUGUAUUUACCACAAGUAUUGCUGUAAAGCCAGCUGCUUGCUUCCCCACAAAACUCAAGAUCACCCCGUAGCAACAACAAACUGAUUAAUAAUUGACAGCUCUUCAGUGUUCUCCUUUUCUGGAGGCAACUGGUACAAUUUACUGCUUGUGUUACCUCUUAUUUUUCACCAAAAAUCACUUGAAAUUUGUGAAACUUCUGCAGGUAAAAGGAUAAGUCUACCAGUUUGAUGACUUAUUUUGUACCUGUCAAGUUCAAAAUAAGGGAUUACACUGCUUCUUUAAAAGCUCUUACACCACAUUAACAUAAAAGUUAUGCUCUUUUAAAUUUUAACUCAGGAUCUUAUAUUUAAUAUAAAGAAGAUUAAUUACUUAUUAUAAACUUUACAAACCUUGAAUUAUAUCAAUAUUUCUACUUUUGUCAUUUCAGGUACUGUUCAAAGCUUCCAGGAGACCGGUUUACUCAGCCCAGGCCAGUUUACAAGGUCGUAGAAAUUAGGAAAGAUGGUUACAAGUGUAAACUAACACUCCCAACAAACUGUCCACUACGUGAAGAUAUAAUAGUGAGUUUGGAGGACUUCUCUUUUUUUAAACAAAGAAACAUAAACCUUACCACAGAAAUAUACUUAUUUUCACUGUCAUUCUCAUUGGCUAUUGAUGUUUAUCUGUCUUCUGAUUGGUUAUUAGUACUCUGGUUUUAGUUUUGUGACUCUCAACUCAAAACUGCUCUCAUUCUCUUAACCAAGCUUCAAGGAAAAGCAUUGUAAUUUAAAACAAGAACUGUUUGUUAGCUCUUGGGAAUUAACCCAGUAACUCCAAGGUUCUGCAAGCAAUUUUCCCUACUAACUGCCAUACAUUUCCUUGUAAAUUGGAGAGGAGAAUAUGAUGUUAUAUCAAGACAACACCUUAAAGCUGAUGAAUUUAUAUGUUCUCAUAACCUGUUUGCAAUGCAAGAUAUUGGAAUUACAAGAAGAAAUUACAUGUUAAUUGCUCACAUGAGAAUCCUCUCUCUCUGUAUUUCAUCAGGGUGAACCAAUGCCAAGUAAGAACCAAGCCAAGAUGGCAGCUGCACUCAAAGCCUGUGAAAAGCUUCACAAGAUUGGUGAGCUUGAUGAUGACCUAUUACCAAAGCAGACUUUAUCUGACGAGGAAAGUGGUUUGGAAGAAGAAGAAGAAGCAGCAGCUGAGCCCGGCGGAAAGAAACCGAAAGCUGGAACAAAGAAGAGAAGACGUCAGUAUGAGAGAAAGGUAAGUAGUUGAAUUAUCGUAAAACAUUGCCCACCCAUGCACGGUAGGGUGGGCAGGGCUGGAAAAAGUUCCACGACGGUGCGUACGGCCUCGCGAGGUGCGAGCUGAAAAAAACAAGGAGGAAUGAACGAGAGCGGGUAUCUUAUGAUGAAAUGCUUAUUGGUUGAUUUAAGCCGGGCCGAAAGGAAAAAUAUUUCUUUCUUGGUCUUGACAUAAGCACGUUGCUGUGCUUGGUUCGUAACCCAGGACCGAGGGCAAAAUACUCUCCCAUUCGGCCCUCCCGCUCAGCCAAUAAGCAUACACUAUUGCACCCCAGAUUAUCCCAAAGAUUUCGUAGGACUGAGUAUAUAGCUUAUUUUCUGUAUCGCCGUUGGCAGAGCGUUCGAACAUGAAACCCAAGUUCGAAUCCUUACGAUGAACUCAAGUUUUUCCUUUGGUUACGUUAUUGACAAAUAUUUGCACUUUCUUUACCGGGCCCCUUUUGGUCGGAGAUUGGAUAAUACUAUCCACUGGAUAAAACUCUAUCCGGUGGAGAACGCAGUAUGUUUUGCUAUCACUUAUCCGCUGGAAAGCAAUUUAUCCAUUUGAUAGCGUUAUCCGCCCUUUGCACAUCUGUGACCUGAUGUUUUGUUCUUGCCCAGGUUCCUGAAGUAUUUGUCAGCAGCUUGGUACAGGAUGGUCAGCCCCAGUUCCUCACGACCAUCACCAUACAAGUCACUAAACUUACUCAGCCACAAGAGUUUGUCGUUAGUGAGCGACUGUUCCUCGAUGAAACUUGUACGUUUGGAAUGCUGACAACGAAAAGAGUUCCUUGCGUUAGUACUUGAUUAUUAAUAUUUCAUUACUUAUCAGGUAACCGAAUUCUGUAGACCAAUUUUCAAUCCAGUGUCGCUCUGUGAUUGGUCCAUAAAGCUUGCACCUCUCUUUCAGCCAAUCAGCUGCAAAAACUGAAACCAAUCACGAGUUGGUCGCCUCCGUUUUCCUGCUCUUUAGGCAGUUUGGUUGUUUUUGUUUUACUCAUUGGCUCCUAAAGGUCCACGAUUGCAGCAUAUACCACUUUUACCAGUCACACACACCAAAAAUGUUGACCUUCAUCUUACAAUGCAAUUUUUUCACUCUUCAGAUACGAUCAUUCAAACUGUAUCCUAACUAUGGCGAAGUCACGGUAUCCUUCCAGUGUCAUAGAUCUCCUUUACACGUAAACAUCACUAAACAAGACUUGGACAUUCUUCGCGAGUUUCAUCUCUUUCUCUUUAGUCACGUUCUACGCUCUCCUGUGGAAUUCACACCUGGAAGUGUGGAUGGUUACUUCAUUGUUAUGUUGAAGGCUUCAGGAAGGAGUAUUGACUUUGAUUGCAUGAGAGAGGAGCUUUCGCGCGCACCCAAACAAAGCCGUGGAAAUCUGCCCAUCGUUGUAGACGCAGUAGUAACAAAGAACUACGUUGAAUCUCCACAAAAGUACGCUGUUAUGAAUGUUUGUGACGAUCUGACUCCGAUAUCUCCGUUCCCAGAAAAGUUGCAUGGCGACACUUAUGAAGAAUAUUUUCGCCGUAAAUACGGAGAAAGGGGACGCAUUUCGAAUAGGAAUCAACCUCUGGUGGAAGUGAAAGAGCUCUCCAGUAGAGUGAAUUUUCUAGUGGACCGAAAACUAGGAACAAAAAACAAGUGCGAUGUGAUUUGUCUUGUUCCAGAGUUGUGUGACCAUAUUCCCAUUCGCGCUUCUCUUCUGAGCGUGUCUCAGAUUCUACCUUCUGUUCUACAGCGUGUUACCUCCCUCCUCCUCGUUGCCGAUCUCAAGGCCAUGGUUGCCGGUGUACGCGACACAACAGAUGAAUCAAGUCUCCCUCCUAUUGGAGCAGAAGAGAGCUCGAGAGAGGCGCCCCCGGAGGUAGAAGACGAUGCGCCCUUCUCCGACAUCAGGUCGAUGUUCCGUUACACUCCACCAUCUGCUAAUCACCCUGACUCCUCUCUCGUUCUUCAAGCUAUUACCACCACCCACAGCGGAGAUGCGUUUAAUCUGGAGAGGCUUGAGAUGCUGGGGGACUCAUUUCUGAAGCUGGCCGUGUCCAUUCAUCUCUUCUGCACAUACAGGGAUAAAGACGAAGGCAAGCUGACCCAGCGGAAGAAAAACCAGAUUAGCAAUUUAGCGUUGUACCGAGCAGCGGCCAAGAAAUCUCUGGGCGAGUAUCUCCAGAGCACGCAGCUGGCUCGCGACGUGUGGUGUCCUACGGGAUGUCAGUUUGGCGACGUACUACCGAAUCGCAUCACAGGUAGCCCAGCCAUGGAAGUUGACAGCGGGGACACGGUCGAGGCAAUGGAAGUUGACGAGACCUUAGAGAGCGGAAAGAAGACAAAACUUACUGCUACAGAGCAUGCGCGCCAGAAAUGCAACACGCAAAUGAUAGCGGACAAGUCCAUAGCUGACAGCAUCGAAGGACUGAUCGGAGCGUAUCUAAUAGACUGUGGUUAUCUUAGUGCGUUGAGAUUUAUGAAGUUUCUGGGGCUAAAAGUUUUACCUGAAGUUGACGCCAACAGCAAUGAUUUGCAGGCGAAGAAUAGCAAAUCGGGUUGUUACGCCAGAUUUUGGCCGGGUCAGAAAAAAAUAACAGCAGCGCAAGCUAAAGGAGAUAUGGUUUUCCGCCUCACUUCUGGCCUGGAAAACUUUGAAAAGGAAUCAAUCUCGUACAAUUUCCAACAAAAGUUGUAUUUGGUAGAGGCGCUAACUCACGCAUCCUACCACGAAAACCGUGUCACGCCAAGUUACGAAAGACUCGAGUUUCUCGGUGAUGCUCUGUUGGACUUUUUGGUCACGCAACAUUUGUACUUCCGUCACGUCAACUUGUCACCAGGGGAACUGACCGAUAUACGACAGGCCUUGGUGAACAAUAACAUCUUUGCCACCCUUGCCGUAGAACACAGUUACCACAAGUAUCUGAAGCAUAUGUCUCCAAAGUGGUUCCAAACAAUGAAGAACUUUAUUGACAGAGUGGAAGAUGAGGCAGAAGAGAGGAAAGAUAAUCAGCUACAAACGGUAGGGUGAACUUUAUUCUUUAAUCCUUUACAUCAGUUUUCUUAUUCUCCAUUCUGUCCUCCAUACAUUUUCUAAAGUGCUGAUAUGGAGAAUUUGUUUAACAAUCAAGAGGCUCUUUAGUUGGUGAUGGAGACGUUUCUUUUAUUCUCGUGACCUUAACAUGUGAUUCAGGGCCGAUAUUGAAAGGAGAAAUUAGGUGCUAAUCACUCUCAUGGGCCAGAGGGUUUAUGAAUAUCUUCUCCAGUUGAUUUAUAAGGAGUAUUUCUUUGGUAACACUUAUUUGGCAGGUCACCGCUGACCCAUUUAUUAUCGUGUCUGAAGAGGAAGAAGAAGGAAUCGAGGCGCCCAAAGUUCUUGGUGACAUCUUCGAGUCAGUAGCAGGCGCGAUAUUUUUGGACAGCGGUAUGGAUUUGUCUAAAACCUGGGAUGUGUACUACCGCAUGAUGAAACCCUACAUCGGUAAGUUGGCCAUCGCCACCAGCGAGGGUGGAUCACCCUCCCAUCCAGGGAAACCACCCCCCGGGAAAAGCCUUAUCAGUAGAAAGCUCCGAGGUCUUUCUCGCAAUAAGCUGGAAAAGGAGUGAGAACGAGUUAGAGAGAGUAUACUCAGCAUGGCGUUAAAGGAUUUAAUCCUAGCGAUCAACUCCAAAGUGUGAAGGAAAGCCAUUGAAUAACGAACCUAGAGAAAAAUUCUACAAAUAUUGAUUGAUAUGAAGUUUUCGAUUCAGAUUAUUAAUCAGUAAGCAUAUCGCGAAAUCCCAUCAGACAUGUUUACGAGGAACCUAGAACCUGGUGAAAAACACUAGAAAGAUUGAUUGAUUUUCGAUUCAGAUGAAUACUCGGUGAACAUACCGCGAAAUCCCAUCAGAACUGUCUACGAGGAAGACGAGGACGCUGACUUUGGGUGAGUGUACAGUUCAAGGUUAACAUUUUUUAUGGUUGGUUGACUCUCUCCGCAUACGUCUCUUACUAACUGCACCAAAGGUGUAAAUAAAUUUAGAGAGUAAUAGAGUGCAUUUUUUCCAAGGACAACAUUUAUGAACAGCGAAAGCAGUCUUUAAAGAAAUUGUGGCCGAGUGCGGCAGAUCUUUCCGAAAACAUGGACCUGUGAAUGUGUAUAGAGCUAAAAUUACCUCAAAAUGUCGGAAAAUAAAAUUGUUCGACGUCAACGAAGAGCGCAAAAAUAGUGUGGCGCAACGUAAAAGUUGUCAACAUUUUUCUCUCGAAAUAGGGAGAUAUUGAGAAAGAUUACACAGACCUGCGGAAGUGGCGCAGUUCAAUCUACCAAAUUGCAUAAUCUUACUCUUACAUAAAAGUUUAAUCGUCCUUUCAAGAUCUACAUACUAGUCAGUAAAGCAUUGAAAAGUGCGAAUGACAACUUGCACAUGAAAGUGAUCGAAUGUGCUUCACGUAACGCUAAGCGUUAACUGCUUUUUCAGGCGCGUCUUUUGGCGUGCGCUUCUUUCAUCUCACACGUAUUUAUCGAGCCAGAGAGGCCUUGUCCGCCAACUAACUAUCAAACAAUGAGUUCUCCUGAUAACGCAGAUUUUCGUGUUUUUUUCCAACAUCAUCUCUCGAAAUAGGGAGAUAUUGAGAAAGAUUACACAGAACUGUGGUAGUGGCGCGGUUUCAUUUACCAAAUUGCAUAAUCUUACCCCUACAAAAAAGUUCACUCGUCUGCUCAUGAUCUACACACCAGUCAGUAAAGCAUUGAAAAGCGCUAAUGACAACUCGCGCACAAGAGUGGCCGCAUGUAGUUAACGUAACGCCAAGCGUUACUUGCUUUUUCAGGCGCUUCUUCUGGCUUGCGUUUCUUUCAUCUCACACGCAUUUACCGAAUCAGAGUGGCCUUGUCUGCCAAUUGGCUAUCAAACAAUGGGUUCCUGAUCAGGCAGAUUUUCAUGUUUUUUUUGUUUUGUUUUGUUUUCUUCAGGAAAGCGAAGACCCUUGAUGAUGGUAAGAUCCAGUGCACUCUGAAAGUGGACUGGGGAGAGUACAAUGGAAAGGGACCGAACAUGAAGAUUGCUAAAGCUACAGCUGCCAAGCUUGCUAUUGAAGGACUGAAAAAGAAAUACGCUGCGGUGUACGAGGAAGAGUAAGACUCAGAGUGGGCUUGGAGGACAUCAGUGUUGCGGCAAAGGUGCUUUCUUAGAUUUGUAUUGUUUAGAUAAUGCUGUGGAACACUGUUACAGUAAUAGGAAGUAGAUUUCUUAUGUGCCUCUGAUAAUAUUUGUACAUUAUCUUCCACAAUGAACAUCCCUUUCUAGGAGCCACGUUUAUGUAGGUGACGUACCUUGAAUGAAUGGGAGUCGUUUAAGAUUACUUUGUGUUACAAACGUCCCUUAAGUGUUGUGAUUGACUUUCUCAGAAAUCGAUGACAGUCUAGACAUUUGUCUAGAGACGUUUGCAUUAUUAAUACGGCUUUGAAAUAUUUUUUAUUUACAUUUUGUCUUUUUAGUGACUUUUGUUUUUAACUUGUAGGCUUCCCUAAAAAUUUAAAAUAUUUGGUAUUCACUUUUUAUCUGUUUAAUGAAUCUUGUUUUUAUCUUGUGGGCGUCAGGGCAUUGUCGCUAACAAUUUAUGGAAAAUAAAGAAAAACUGAAACAAACAAGAGAACACCGAAAAAAUUAAUAGAAAACUCUAACAGCAAUAACAGUGAAAGUUCACCAUAGCAAUGCUUUGGUAUAUGAGUUUUUAAUUGAUGAAGAUAAAAUUUUAGUUUUAAAAUCGUUUCCUGGAAAUCAGGCAUUUCCUUAAAAGAACGUUACCAGUUUUAAGUGCGGCAAAAGUGUACAUGUAAGAAUGCAAGAAUGAUUUUGGUAAUCGUGAUAUGUGUUGUAGUUGUUAAUAGUGAAGCUGAAAUGAAAUAGAAAGUCCUCUG